AUGAUUCGACCAUUCUCACGGGUUCUCGCCACACUUUCCUCUAAGUGGGAAGGGCUUUUCCUCAUUGGCUUUACUGGUGGAGCCGGUUUCGAACUUUUCAAAAUUCAUUUCUCUUUCAAUGGUGUGGAUUACUAUAGCGUCCUCAAAAAGCGACAAUUACAAAAGGAACUUGAUGCAUUCGAACGACAGCUAAAAGAUCUUGAUACAAUCAUCGCCACCGGAAAACCACAAACGUUUUAA